AUGGCCCCCUCGCUCCUCCAGCCGCAAGGCCACCUAUCACCAACCGAAGCUCUCCAGCUUGCGCAACAAGCUCCCAUCAUCUUGAAGAACAACCCUAAAGCCUUCUCCGCCUCGCCUCUCGUAUCACUUUUCUCGGCCACCGAAACCGCUGACCUGUGGACCAUCUACGAGAACCUUCUCCUCUCAUGUCUUCGAACGGGCGACGACGAAUCUGCGCACCAAGUUCUUGAGAGGCUGGUGUUGCGAUUUGGCGACCAGAAUGAACGCGUCAUGGCACUCAAGGGACUGGUGAAGGAGGCCGAGGCAACAAACAACAAUGAACUUACGCAAGUGCUCAAGGAGUACGAGGACAUUCUGGAGGAGGACGGAACAAACAUCCCUAUUGCGAAGCGACGAGUAGCCCUCUUGCGAUCUAUGGGAAAGACCCCUGAAGCGAUUUCGUCAUUAAUAUGGUUGCUCGAUUUCAACCCUACGGACGCCGAAGCAUGGGGAGAGCUAGCGGACCUCUAUCUGUCCCAGGGAUUGUACUCCCAAGCUAUCUACGCUUUGGAGGAAGUGCUGGUGUUGGUACCAAAUGCGUGGAACAUGCAUGCACGCCUCGGUGAGGUGUCGUUGAUGGCAGCCAAUGAAACGACCGAUGGUUUCCCUCAGAAGUUCCUGGCAAAUUCCGUGAAGCGGUUCUGCCGAAGCAUCGAACUCUGCGAGGACUACCUACGGGGUUACUAUGGCCUCAAGAAGGUUACCGAUAAGUUACUGGCUGAGUCUGCUAAACUCAAGAAGCACUCGGAAGGAGACGAGUUCUCUCUGCCAGACCAGGCAACAAUCGAGAAACUGAACCAAGCGGCUACCAAGAAGCUAGCCGAGAUCGUUCGUCGCUACGGGGCCCAGGAACCGCUGUGGCAAGGAUACAAUGCAGAUGAGAUUGCUGCAGCCCGUGACCUGCUUGACAAGUCAUCGUCAGAGGUGGUCCGGUAA